AUAUCUGCACAGACGACUUAGUGGAGCAAUCAAACUACAUCCUUAUUGAUACAGCAAGUGUUCCAGAUUUCCAACAAACGUCAUGUGAAUGUGUUAUAUUAACAAAUAAACAAGAACUUGGAAUAACUUUGAUGUUAGAAAAUUCCACUGAAGUGUUCAGCAUGGAAUUUGAAAUAAAAGAAACUGUCAUAAACAAAAUUAAAUACAAUUAUGAUACAACGAUUAAAAGUGGUACAAAAAUUUCAUUUUCCACUAAUGUAAAUCACGAGCGAGAUGGGGCGUGUCUCGGUGUUUUUUCAAAGGAUCAAUCAAAGUUCAAUAUUGCUUGUAAUAGAUCAACAUUUAACUCAAACCAAGGAAAGGAAAGCUAGGGAAAUGAAAACAUAAGUCCGAGGGAUAGAACUUAUGUCAACUUUUCCUUUACGAAAGCAACGAAAGAAACAACAAGACGAUCCGCUCCAGCAUCCAUAUCACAUGGAAUUGAAACAACCGAGGGUACAACUUUAAAACCUUCUCAUUCUACGAUGCAAGCUUCAGCGGAUAAUGUGAAGGGAGACAACCAUAUUAAGAGUUUGUUUGAAAAAUACUUUCGAACAACGGAAAAAACAACAAGACAAUCAAGCUCAGCAUCUAUAUCACGUGGAAGUCAAACAACCGAGAGUACAACUUUAAAACCUAUUUAUUCUACGAUGCAAACUUCAAAGGAUAACGUGAAUGGAGACAACCUUAUUAUAAUUCCUUCAGUGAUAGCAGUUUGCGGACUUCUAUUAGGAAUUGUUAUUGCUGUUGUAUGCGUUAUUUUCUACAAAAGGAGAAAGAAAGGAAAGCGAAGAAAUGCCACUACAGUAAGCUCCACAAACGCACCCGUAGAGAGUGACUAUUAUAUGACUGAAAAUGCGAUGUACAAUAUGGGUCAGCUAUGCACGCGAGAAACAAUCAAUGAAAACGAACACAACAAUGUUGACCAUUAUGACGGAGCAUCCCCAGGCCAUUAUGAUUGUAUUCAAGAAUCAACUGACAGAAACCAGUCCUCUGAAAACUCACCAAGCCAUGCUGUGUCAAACGAGUAUUCAACAUGUCUAAAAGUAGCCAAAAGAAGUGAUGUUGGCUCAAACAAUAAACGGUCGAUUAUCGAUAAAGAAAGGCAACCACAAUUUUCAGGAAUGAAUGGAGACGAUUACACAGUAUAUGACAGGACAGUGUCAACCGUUCCUCCGCAGGCAGUCGGAGAUAAUGAUUAUCAUCGUUUGGGCUCUCUUGCUUUGACUGGAUUGAAUUUGACAUAUGACAGAAUUGGGAAUACUGGCGUAGUUAGACAUUAAACAUUGUAAUUUAUUUUGAGAAAUAUGGAUAAUAAUCUUAUCUUGACAAUAUUGAUCAUUCUGUUCAUACCUGAAAAACAGUAAACAUUAUUAUAUUAAUAUCAUAUCUCAUAGUCAAAUAACGUCAUCCAGUACGUUAGCCGAGAUGGCCAUCAAGGGUGAACACAUUGUUCUAUUGUUACCCUCUGACGUCAAUAAGAUAUAAUAUUAUCAUUUUCAAUCACAACAACACAUUGCAACGGCAUAUAAUAAUAAAUAUGAAUAAAUAACAUAACAUAUAUCAUUUGUAUGCAAAAGCAUGAUAUCAGUAAUCUGAAAUUUCAUAUCAACCGUGUAUUCAAGUCGCCUCUUUCUGGAUAACCGUUAAAUGAUUUUUAUAGUAAACAGGGCUCAAAAGUAGAUAUCACGAAUACAAUUGGUUUUCAAGACAUCACUGACGAUUACAUGAUAAAAUAUAAUUCUGAUUUACCUUAAAGUAAAGCUAUAAAGUACUAUGUGCUAAAUGUAAAGAUAUAUACAAGAAAUACCAACAAUAUCUCAAACAUAUAAUCACCAAAGUCGUAUUUUCAAUAAACAAAGUUUCGUUUUCUUUUCAUAACAUGCCUCUUGAAACAAACGUACAUUAAUAAAGAAAGAAUUAUAUUACCUUAAUAUUAAGCUUUUAGAGUGCACCAGAUAAAACGUUCAAAAAAGAAAGUUCCUGAGUAGAAAAGUCAAGUUUGAUAUAUUUUCAUGCAUUGAUAAACAGUUACUUAUGUAUAUAGAUUGGGAAAAAAGUGUGUUAUAUAUCAAGAAAUAAUACAAAUAAUAGGAACAAAAUAAUAAAGUUUU